AUGAGCGGACCAAGCGGCAAGAGUCUUCGACUCAGCUUCAAAGGCGACAAACCAAAGAAGCGCAAGCGAAGCGGAGAAAAGUACAGCAACGGCGAAUCUUCAUCGAGCUCUCAAAAGCGUAAAGCUGGCCGAGACGUAACUUCGGAUGUCGAAGAGGUCGGUGGAGACGAGCAAGCAUGGGUCGCUGUCGAGUCAGAGCUUGACCUCACUGGUCCAUGUUUCAUCUUUCGGAAGGCGUUGAGGGAGCUGACUGCUCCUUUUCAUUGCGUCGCCUUUCAACCAAGCCUGCAAAGUGUCGAAGCAGCUACGAUCCUUCCAGGGUCCGACGCAAUUACGACCGAUGAGGAUCGAGUGACGCUAUUGGCUUCCAACCCAAAACUCGCGGAGGAGCUCGAGGAUGCUGAGAUUGUACCAUCAGCUGAAUCGUCUGGCAUCGACACUGCUACAAUAACGCCGCAGUCAGUGUAUCAAGUAUGGGUAGCUACCAAGGUGCCAGGCAGCUCUUCCCCAGCACACUUCACUUUCAAGAGCGCCGAGGGCAAGUUCUUGGGAGCUGACAAAAUCGGCUCGCUGCAAGCAUCAAUGGCGGCGAGAGGUCCGCAGGAGGAGUGGACGCUGGAAAGGUCGCUGGAUGCAUCGGGCCAAGUAAAGUGGUCGCUGCGGUCUGUACAUAAUCGAUAUCUCGCUUUAGAUCAGGUGGCUGGAGGCAAGACGGUGGUUAGAGCAGAUGCUGAUAGCACGCAAGAUGAGACAGCUCAAUGGGCUCUUCGGGUACAAUGGAAGCAUCGACAUGCUGCUCGUCACUCGGCUCAGUCGACGGGCUCAUAUCGCUCAAAAGCAAACGAUCCAACGGUGGUCGCACUCAAUGCACGCGAUCAAGUCUUGGUUCAAGAGCUCGAGACCUUCCGUUCUCGAGCGGGCUCGCAGUAUCUUCCCUCUGACUAUGCAUCAAGCUUGUCAAAGGAAGAGAGAAGAGCACUCCGGAAAGCGCAGAAAAAAGGUCGACUCGCCGAAGAGAUGCUCGAUCGGCGCAGUAAGAUGAAAAGGUAA